AUAUUGAACAGAAAACAAAGAUAUGCUUCCGUGUUUCUGUAAAAAACAAAGAUAAGCCUGGAAAGCAUAAUGAGACCCCUUACAGACAUCUAUGGCUUUGCUUGUGUCUUUACAUUCAUGCUGUGGAAUAAUAUCCAGCCAACUGUGGAAAAUGAAUUUACUGCAAAUUAUUCAAGCAGUUUGCUAACUAAUGUUCCAAAAAACAUUCCAGUCCAUAUUCAUGUAUUAGAUUUAUCACAUAAUAGGAUCUCUGGACUUAGUAUCUCAGAAUUUAUUUCUCUUUCCGACCUUCAAGUAUUAAAUCUUUCUCAUAAUCUAAUUACAGAGCUUGACUUUAGUGUCUUCAUUUUUAAUGAAGAUUUAGAAUAUUUAGAUUUAUCUCAUAAUAACAUUUUGAAAGUUUACUGUCAAACUCUUGCAUAUCUUAGACAUUUAGAUCUUUCUUUCAAUAAGUUUACUGCCCUGCCCAUCUGUCCGGAAUUUGGGAACAUGUUUCGUUUGGAGUACCUAGGAUUAAGUGCCACGGUAAUACGAAGGUCAGACUUCAGAUAUAUCAUACAUUUGCAGCUGCACAGUGUCUUCCUAACCUUAGAAGACUUUUCUUUCUAUGAGCCUCAGAGUCUGACAGCCUUGAAUACAAGGAGCCUCCACAUUGUUUUUGCAGCAAACCAAAACUUCAGUUUUUUCCUCUUGUAUGAUGGAAUGAGCACUUCAGAAAACUUGAAAAUAGUUAACUUAAGAUAUACCUUGAGCUACAAAGAUUUCCCUUCUCCUUCUUUAAUGCUUCUGAAGAAAAUCAAGACAACAGAUCUCACGCUUGACACUGUGGACUUACAAUGGACUAUCAUUUUGCAAAUUUUCCUCCUUAUUUGGUAUUCACCUGUGGAGCAUUUGACCACGAGAAAUUUGACUUUUCGGGGACCACUGGAAGAGCUGACUAAAUAUGAAUUUCUACCCUUAUUAAGCUCUAUGGAACAAUUAAUCUCUUUGGGUGGCUCAAUGAAAGUGCUAACUUUGGAGCAUGUUCGUAAUAAGGUUUAUUAUUUCAACCAGGAGAUUCUAUACAGACAGUUUUCAGAGAUGAAUAUUGCCAGUUUGACAAUAUAUGAUGCAUAUAUGCCACACAUGCUUUGCCCCAAUAGAACAAGCUCGUUUCAGUAUUUAAAUUUUUCUCACAAUGCCCUGACAGAUGAAUUGUUCCAGAAUUGUGGCACUCUGACAGAUCUGAAAUUACUUAUUUUGCAGAGGAAUAAAUUUGAGA